CGUUCCAAAUAAAGCGCAUUCAACAGUGACGGUGUUGUUUUGCUUGGUUCGUUCGUUUUUUGGAGCGUUUCGUCAGCACGCGCAGAGCUGGUUGAUCUCCUCCGUGCUACUGGGAGGAUUAUCUCCUUCUCUCCUUCCCCGCUAGCUAGCUGCAGGAGGAUAUUCAGGAGGGAGAGAUGGACGGCGCGCAGUACCCCGACUUGGGGGACAUGUCCAUCGAAGAGAGCGACCCUCUCCCGCCGCUGCAGAGCACCGUCACCAAGAGCCGGCUCCCUCCUCCCAAACGGCCGCCACCACCCCGCUCCGCCUCGGCUCCUAGCAGCAUGAUAACGGGCUCCACUCCGAAGGUCCCUCCCUAUGAAUCCAGCACUAGCACGUCUCUCAACACCGCAACGAUGCUGCCGUCUGCAUCCUUCCCAGAGAACACCUGCAUGGCUUCCUCUCCGUUCUCCUCGCCGUCCCUCUCGGAUGGCGCCCCCCGGCAGAUAGCCCCGCUGAAGCCGCACGAAGUCCGCUGGUUCUACGAGGAGUCGGGGAAGGCGUGGACUCCGUUCAACGGGCACGACUCGCUGUGUCUCGAAGACUGCUAUCAGAGACUGCAGAGACAGAGGGGUAGUGGGGGGGAGUGUGACGUCUCCGUCCUGGGAGACACGUACGAGGCCAACUUGGCCGACAAGAUGUGCAAACCCAUAUACUGGACUGACAAACCAAGGAAGAUACUGCGUGGGACGUGGUUCGAGGUGUCCAGUGAAAAGUGGUAUCCACUGGAGGAACAGGAUAGCAUUCUGGUGGAGAAGGAACACUGUAGAAUGAGCUGGAGAAAUAGGGCCUCAGAGCAGCAGAGACUAAAGAAAGUAUCAGCCGGAUCACCAGCUGACUCCAGCAAGCCUUGUGAAACUGUGAUGAACAGACUGUCCCUGGAGAAGUACGAGGUGCUGUGGAUGGCCAACGACACCAUAUUCAAACAGAAGAAAGAGAUAACCUCGCAGCUGUGGAGCAUGGUGGGAGAGAGGCUGGGGAAGGGACAGGCGUACGGGGCUGCAAGGCUGCAGCGAGGCUACAAGGACGCGGCGUCUCACGAACACCGAGAACCUCCCAUUGGCCAUCUGGUCCUCAUAGUCCACGGCAUCGGGCAGAACAUGGAGUCGUCAGACAUCUGCAAAGACAGCAACAGUCUCCGUAGUACGUGUGCCCAGGUGGCCAAAAAGAAGUUCCCAGAGGAUUGGGCCCACGGUCGGGUGGAGUUCCUGCCCUGUGAGUGGAGAACAUGGCUAACUCUCGACAAAGGAGUGAUAAACACAAUAACCCCACAGGGACUCAAAAUGGUCAGAGGUGUCAUCAAUGACACAGUACUGGAUGUCAUGUUUUACCUCAGCCCCAAAUAUGGACCCGAAAUAAUGGACGGUCUCCGGUUCAGCAUCAACAAGCAGUACAGGGAGUUCAUGAAGAGGAACCCCAAUUUCUCGGGGACAGUCAGCGUGUUUGCCCAUUCCCUGGGCAGUGUACUGGUGUAUGAUCUACUGCUGGAGACGUGCGAGGAGAGGGGAGUCCAGCACUCUGACCUACACACAAAUACAGAGGUGAGUGAGGGAGAGACGGGAAAGGGGAGUCAGCCCAAGAAGAAGAAGGCUGUGGAGAACCCGAGAGAGGUCAAGUACAGUCGCAGUGGGCACUCCCUCACCUCCAGUCUCCAAUCAUCCACCUCUCCUCACCAGCACUCCCCCGCCGGAGGAGAGGAUGAGAUUGACUUCAGAGUUGGAGGAGAUGGAGAGGAGGAGGGAGAAGGUCCAGUUAGCAACGGAUCCAUUGAUCCCCAGGCUUCACGGAGGGCUGAGCUGGCGAGACUGAAACAGAGGGUGGCUGAGCUAGAGAGCCAACUGGGGAUGCGCAAGAAGAGAGGACUGAAAUUCACUAUUGACCAUUUCUUUGCUGUUGGUUCUCCUCUGCCGCUGUUCCUGGUAAUGAGGGAGCAUGAUUGCCUCAUCAAGAAGGGGCACCGCGGGGCCGCCAGCCUCCUGCCCACCUGCAUCUGCAAGAGGGUCCACAACCUCCAUCACCCAGCUGACCCCAUCGCAUAUCGUCUGGAGCCACUCGUAAACUCGCUGUAUGCCCAGGUCAAACCAGUCAAACUGGACUCAGCUAGCUCCAAACCCAGCAAGGACAUGGUCGACCUGGCCCAGGGUCCACAGACAGAGAAACCUGUGGCUCCUAUGAACAAGGGCUGGUCCUUCCCUCUCUUCUCGUCCAAGAAGACAGAACCGCCUCCCCAGACCAAAGUUCCAGACGGUGUAAGUCUUGAAAGAUUUUUUCAUUUUAUAGGUUCCUUGUGUUGAGGAAUAAAUUUUUUAGUUAAAGGGAAUGUGUCAGUACCUAAGGGCUAAAUUUAGAAAUGUUCCUAAAGUUACUAAAGAUAGAAUUAAACAAUAGGGCCCAGUGAAAGAAUGCAAUUAAGUUUCCAUUUUCAGUAACAGUUUCUAAAUUUAGCUUUACAUUUCCUGUAUAUAGUGGCAGGUAAGAUCUCUCUGUUUCUCUGUUGUAAAGUUCCAGACGCAGUAAGUGUGGAAGAUUUUGAGAGUUUUGAGAUAUAGUACCAAGGAUCCUUUAAAAAUCGUUGUAGCUUGCAGUGAUGGAGGAUAAAAUAGAGACUGCACUAGGGAGGCCUUUUUUAUUAAAUUAUACUCACGGGAGUGUUAGAAUUAUUAAGACGAAUUGAGGUAUGAACAAACUUUCAUUGGCAUGUUUUGUUCGGUUUUUCUUUUGUGUUAAAGAGAUGUGGUAGAGACGAAAGGUUGGAGAGAAAUGGGAAGUAAAGGCGAGAUAGGGGGUUAAAUGCUGAAACGGAUAUUGGGUAAAGAAGUCAGAGCGAAAUAGGGGCGAAGAAGAAAGGCCAGGGGGCAAGAAAUGUCAAGAUUGUGAUAGGGAGUAAAGAAGAACAGGCUGAAGUGAGAUGGAGGUGAAUUAGAAACGCGUAGGGGGAAGAGAGAAUGGUUGGGGCAGGAUAUGGGGGAAAUAGGGAGAGAUGAAAGGUUUAAGAAUUCUUAUGAAGGAGUUUUGCUGGGGCAUAUUUUUAUGGAGGCUGCUGCAAUUUCCAAGAAAGUAAACCAUUUCAGGAGGGCCCUCGAUCAAAGAAAUCCUGAUUGUUGUAAUGCCGCAAAACACUAGCAACCUAAUGAUAGGUGAUUUCUUGCACUACUUUGCGUGACACAAGCAACUCGGCUGGUCUUUCCCUACAGACCGGGAAGAUGCCUUGCUUGUCGUGUGGUGGCCACUGUCCGUGAUAGUUUUUGUGUUUGAUAGUUUUGAAGCGGAGGUUACUGUGUUGCAGCAUAUGGAAGUGCGUGGCCAUGAACAAAGGGCACGGUUGAUCUUGUAGCAACAUUCAUGGUUACUGUAAGCAUACACGUUGUAUAUCACUGGAUGGACAUGGUUCUAUGUCACAGUUGCUUGUAUUUACAGGUCGUGAACGAUGACAAGCUGUUCGUUGGGGGAGAUCGUUUAAAGGAACGCCUGGAUUUCGUGAUGAAAGAGAGUGUGACAGACAUCAGCUACAUCAGCUCCAUCAUGGCCCACUUCUCCUACUGGAGCUCACAGGACUGUGCCCAGUACUUGCUGCUACAGCUCUAUACCUACAAGCCAACUGGUCAAUAGGUCCAUGGCUAUAACAUAUUUAUGUUCCUCUGCAUCAUUAUGAUGAUGCGGGUUUUUGCUGUGGUUUUCUAUUAGUGUAUAAUGUUUUAUAUCCUCGUUGAAAGAUGAAAUAACCAUGCGGGUGUAUUAUGUGAAGUUGCUGGUUUUUUUGGGUUUCUUGUGCAUAGUGAGCGCAGCAGAGAUCUAUACGAUGACACACUUGAACUAAAUUGAAGCAGGGAACAUUAGGUGUGCAGACGACAUGCAACAACUGUUCACUUCACCAAGUGGUGGAACUACAUGUACUCGAGGAGUGUUGUAUAUACAGUGGCUAACUUAGCAGGUUUAGUGCGUUGCUUGUUGCUAGUCGGU